UCGGUGUAUCCUUGGGCGCUGGGGCAGGGGUUCAGGCUCUCGAGGGGCAGAGAAUGCUGGCCCCAGGAACCACUUUGUCCGGUGCCCCACCCAUGACACAGUUCAAGCCUGCAGAAUUUGGUCCCCCGCACCCCGAAUCUCUACCAGAUACCCUCUCCAAACAUCAAUGCCAUGCACCCCAGAAGCCCACCCUGAGCUCUCUCUGUUCUGCAUGAGGCUCAUCUCCCCUUAACACCCAGUGGCCCCCUCCUCACAGGGGGAGCCUGGCUACAACCCACAAGGCCUUCCUACAACUGACUGGCUGUCUUAUAGAGUUUGAAGAAGUGAAAUGAAGUCGCUUCAGUCAUAUCUGACUCUCUGCGACCCCCUGGACUGUAGCCCGGCAGGUUCCUCUCUCCAUGGGAUUCUCCAGGCAAGGAUACUGGAGUGGGUUGCCAUUUCCUUCUCUAGCAUAGAGAGUCUGGGGCCCGGUAAACUUUUUCUUAAAGGGCAAGAUCAUAAAUAUCUUCGGUUUGGCAGCCCACAUGGUCUCUGUUGCAUUUUCUCAACUCUGGCAUCCUGGCAUGAAGGCAGCGAUUGACUGCGUCAUGGAUGAAGGGGUUUAGCUGAAUUUUAUUGAAACUUUGUUUACAAACAGGAAGCAGGCUGGGUCAGGCUCUAUAAGUCAGCUUGUCCCUGACUUCAGUGUAGGGUGACCAGAUGUCCUGAGACUUUCCUGGUUUCAGCACCAAAAGUCCUAUAUCAAUGGGAUACAAGGCUUUCAGCUCCAGCAGAUUAGGACAGCUAGUGGCCCUAUUUAAGCAUCAAACCCACGUGGACCCCGAGGGUCAGGUCAGGACGCCAAAGGCUUAGAGAGGAGAAGGGUGUGGUUUACUUCCUGACAUGGCUGAGCCGGGUUUCAGACUUUUGAUCUUUGCUUCCUAAUACCUUUUAGUCAUUUCUGGUGGCUCAGAUGGUAAAGCGUCUGCCUGUAAUGUGGGAGAUCUGGGUUUGAUCCCUGGGUCGGGAAGAUCCCCUGGAGAAGGAAAUGGCAAUCCACUCCAGUACUCUUGCCUGGAAAAUUCCAUGGACGGAGGGGCCUGGUAGGCUACAGUCCACGGGGUCGCAGAGUCGGGACAUGACUGAGCAACGUCACUAAUGGCUGACUAAUGUAUAUGGGGAAGGAAACACACACACUCUCUCUUCUACCUUCUAGAACAUUCAUCUCAGGGGACUUUUUCUCUUCUAGAAAAAUGCCUCCAAGGGCCUCUUUGGGAAUUCAGGACCCCCUCCACUCCGUGGCAUAACCUGCAGAGAAAGAAUUCAAAGAAAAGGUCGAAUUGGGGCAGGGGAAGGGGGGUGUUGGCUGCAACUCGGAGACAGAGAUUGGGGGAAAGGCAGGAGGAACGCGAAAAGUAACCGGGCCAUAGGAGACAGAGUCGGGGAUAAGCACUGCUUGGUUCUGUCCUCCCCUGCCCCCUGCCCUUGAACCUCUAGAACGGCUGUGAUACACAGGAAGGUGUGUUCAGCGUGCUCUGGUGGGGGCGCUGGUGGAGCGGGGUAUCCGCCACGGGCGGGGACAGCCAGCCCUGGAGAUGGCGGGUUCCUGAGAGAGCAACAGGGAUUUCACUUCCCCUUUAUCAGGGAUCAGAAAAGUCAGCCGGUGGAUUCCACAUCACUGGGGUGGGGCCCCAGAGGCUGGAGGACUUGGGGGACAUUUGAGCAGUUCCUCUGGGACUUUGCUACCCCAUCCAUCUGGGCGGGGAGAGGUCUCCGGAUUCCCCUAAGGGCCCCAGGGAGCGCCUCUGCUCCCCCACGUUGGUUUUCCGUCUCUACCGGAAGAGGACCGCCUCCCUGCAGCCCUCUCUUCAAGGUGCAGGAUUCGUCAGCAGCGGAGAUGGCGAAUGCUUGAAGAUGCCACCAGGGGGCGUCCACCACCAGCUAGUGGAGCCAGGGGCAGCCUGGCGCUUCGCUUGGUCCAGUCUCGGAGGAUGAAGGAAGGAUGGAGCCAGAUGAGGGAACUAAGGUCCAGAGUGGUGGAGGAACUUAGCCCAAGGUCACUCAGCCCUGAAGCAGCAGGACCCAGAGGCCCCUGAAGGGUCCCAGGCAACAUGGUUUCCGCAGCGGCGCCAAGCCUCACCGUGUCUCUGCUGCUGCUGCUGCGGGUCCUACCCACGGCGUCCUACCCCGUGUCCCUGCAGGCCGGCUUCCUGGAGGACACGGGGGGCAGCGGGGAGGCCGAGGGCUCGUCGGCCUCCUCCCCGAGCCUCUUGCCGCCCCAGACCCCGGCCCUCAGCCCUACGUCGGUGGGGCCCGAGCCCACACCCCUGGCUGGCCCUAAGCCCCCCACCAACUUCCUGGACGGCAUCGUGGAUUUCUUCCGCCAGUACGUGAUGCUCAUCGCCGUGGUGGGCUCCCUGGUUUUCCUGCUGAUGUUCAUCGUCUGUGCGGCUGUCAUCACCCGCCAGAAGCACAAGGCCUCUGCUUACUACCCUUCGUCCUUCCCCAAGAAGAAGUACGUGGACCAGAGCGACCGCGCGGGGGGCCCCCGGGCCUUCAGCGAGGUUCCCGACCGGGCUCCCGAUGGCCGGCCCGAGGAGACCCUGGAUUCCUCCCAGCAGCUCCAGGCUCACAUCCUUGCCGCCACCCAGAACCUCAAGUCUCCCUCCAGGGCCGCCCCGAGCAGCGGAGACCUAGCCCAGGCGCCGGAGGGCAGGUCGGAGGAAGAGGAGAAAGGCCCCCGGGAGGCGGACCUGGAAGCCCAGGGACGUGCGCUUCCGGCGGAGAAACCCGAGGUGCCUCCGCUGCCAGAGGAGCCCGGCUCAGUGGAGGCGGACGCAGCUGCAGGCGCAGCGGCAGCCCCUGAAGGUCAAGGAGAGCCAGACGGGGCUCCCUCACUCUCCCAGGAAGCCGGAGGCCCAGCUGGUCCCCCCGAAAACCCCUGUGCUUGCGGCAGUGUCCCCCCCAGCAUCUAACUGCCCCCUCUCGAACUGCGGGCCCUGACUUGGACCCCUGGCGGUCACCUCCUUGGGCAUAGAAAGGCCCUUGGUCCCUACCGCGCUCUGACCACCCCGCUUCCUCGGCCACUUCCCGCUGGAGAUCCCAGUGUGUCUGAUCUUACUACAGUGGGCGGAGAUGCUGGUCUCUGUCCCACCUCAGGAAUCUCACCGACUUCGAGAACAUCUGUCCCUGCAGCCCCAAGGCGCUCAUCCGAAAGGCAGAGCUCCUCUGGGGGCUGGGGGAUGGGGUGGGGGGGGGGGUGGGGGUGUCCCCGUCACAGACACGUCUGCUGCGACAGAAGUCUCAGGUCCCCUGUUACAGUGCCGACGCCGCUGCUUUCCAUCGAGGCAGGAAAGAGAAACAGAAUAACUAGACGUUUUGGAAAAGGUUGAAUGAAUAGGGAGACACACAAGGGCCUGAAGGUACCACAGAAGAUCCAUCAGGAGGUUUCUGUGAGGGCCCCCUGCACGAAGCACGAGCGUUUCCCAAACUGGCUUCCCCAGAAGCAGGACUUUGAGGUCCGAUAACGAGUCGAGGAAACAUUGCUUCUCCGCUCUGUGCACCGCCCCCACCCACCACCGGAAGUCCUCCAAGGCUCUGACAAGUCCUGCAGUCAAGGUGCCCAUGGAAUCCGGCUUCGCUUAGCCUUUCCCAAACUGCUUUUGACCGUGGAGUACUUUUGUUUUUGUUUUACAACUACAGAGUAAAAUCCUGCAGAGAA